GGCGUCGCGCGGGGGCGGGGCGCCGCCCUAGGGUGCUUCGGCCCUGACUGGAAACUGAGUGGACUAGGCUGGGCGAUUCUGCCGAGCUGAGGCUGGUGGGGCUGGCCGGCGGGCCGGAGCAUGGCGGACCAGAUUCCCCUGUACCCGGUGCGCAGCGCGGCGGCCGCCGCGGCAGCCAGCCACAGACGUGCGGCCUACUACAGCGCCGCCGGACCCGGGCCCGGUGCCGACCGGCGCGGCAGGUACCAGUUGGAGGAUGAGUCUGCCCAUUUGGAUGAAAUGCCACUGAUGAUGUCUGAAGAAGGCUUUGAGAAUGAUGAAAGUGAUUACCAUACAUUACCUCGAGCUAGGAUAACACGGAGAAAAAGAGGACUGGAGUGGUUUGUCUGUGGAGGAUGGAAGUUCCUCUGUACCAGUUGCUGUGAUUGGCUAAUAAAUGUUUGUCAAAGGAAGAAAGAGCUAAAAGCUCGAACGGUAUGGCUCGGAUGUCCAGAGAAGUGUGAAGAGAAACAUCCUAGGAAUUCUAUCAAAAAUCAGAAAUACAAUGUAUUUACCUUUAUACCUGGGGUUUUGUAUGAACAAUUCAAGUUUUUCUUGAAUCUCUAUUUUCUGGUAGUGUCCUGCUCACAGUUUGUACCAGCAUUGAAAAUUGGCUACCUCUACACCUACUGGGCUCCUCUGGGAUUUGUCUUGGCUGUUACGAUUGCACGUGAAGCGAUUGAUGAAUUUCGACGUUUUCAGCGAGACAAGGAAAUGAAUUCACAAUUAUAUAGCAAGCUUACAGUAAGAGGUAAAGUUCAAGUUAAGAGUUCAGACAUACAAGUUGGAGACCUCAUCAUAGUGGAAAAGAACCAAAGAAUUCCAUCAGAUAUGGUAUUUCUUAGAACUUCAGAGAAAGCGGGUUCAUGUUUUAUCCGCACGGACCAGCUAGAUGGUGAGACUGACUGGAAGCUGAAGGUGGCGGUGAGCUGCACACAACGGCUGCCAGCCCUCGGGGACCUUUUUUCUAUCAGUGCCUAUGUUUAUGCUCAGAAGCCACAACUGGAUAUUCAUAGUUUUGAAGGAACAUUUACCAGGGAAGACAGUGAUCCUCCCAUUCAUGAGAGUCUCAGCAUAGAAAACACACUGUGGGCAAGCACUGUUGUUGCAUCAGGUACUGUAAUAGGUGUUGUCAUUUAUACUGGAAAAGAGACUCGAAGUGUAAUGAACACAUCCAAUCCAAAAAAUAAGGUUGGUUUAUUGGACCUCGAACUCAAUCAGCUGACAAAGGCGCUAUUUCUGGCUUUAGUUGUUCUUUCUGUUGUUAUGGUAACCUUACAGGGAUUUGCAGGCCCGUGGUACCGUAAUCUUUUUCGGUUCCUCCUUCUCUUUUCCUACAUCAUUCCCAUAAGUCUGCGAGUAAACUUGGAUAUGGGCAAAGCAGCAUAUGGAUGGAUGAUUAUGAAAGAUGAGAAUAUUCCUGGUACAGUUGUUCGGACCAGCACAAUACCAGAAGAACUUGGACGCCUGGUGUACUUACUGACAGACAAAACAGGAACGCUCACUCAGAAUGAAAUGGUAUUUAAGCGGCUCCAUCUGGGUACUGUCUCCUACGGAACAGACACUAUGGACGAAAUCCAAAGUCACGUCCUGAAUUCCUACUUGCAGGUACACUCACAACCAAGUGGGCACAACCCAAGUUCUGCUCCACUGAGAAGAAGCCAGUCCUCAACGCCUAAAGUCAAGAAGAGCGUCAGCAGUAGAAUCCAUGAAGCAGUGAAAGCCAUUGCCCUUUGUCAUAAUGUCACUCCUGUGUAUGAGGCUCGGACUGGCAUCACUGGAGAGACCGAGUUUGCUGAAGCAGACCAAGACUUUAGCGAUGAGAACCGCACCUACCAGGCCUCCAGCCCCGAUGAGGUGGCACUGGUACGAUGGACAGAGAGUGUCGGGCUCACUCUGGUCAGCAGGGACCUUGCUUCCAUGCAGCUGAAGACCCCCAGUGGCCAGGUCUUGACCUACUGCAUCCUACAGAUGUUUCCCUUCACCUCCGAGAGCAAGCGGAUGGGCAUCAUAGUCAGAGAUGAAUCCACAGCAGAAAUUACAUUCUAUAUGAAAGGUGCUGAUGUCGCAAUGUCCACCAUUGUCCAGUACAAUGAUUGGCUAGAAGAGGAGUGUGGAAACAUGGCACGAGAGGGCCUGCGAACCCUUGUGGUAGCCAAGAGGACUCUGACAGAAGAGCAGUACCAGGAUUUUGAGAGCCGAUACAGUCAAGCCAAACUGAGCAUCCAUGACCGGGCUCUCAAAGUCGCUGCGGUUGUAGAAAGCCUGGAGAGAGAGAUGGAGCUGCUGUGCCUCACUGGAGUAGAAGACCAGCUGCAAGCUGAUGUGAGGCCCACACUAGAGAUGCUGCGCAAUGCAGGGAUCAAGAUUUGGAUGCUAACAGGCGAUAAACUGGAAACAGCUACUUGCAUUGCCAAAAGCUCACACUUGGUGUCCAGAACACAAGACAUUCAUAUUUUCAGACCAGUAACCAAUCGGGGAGAAGCCCAUUUGGAGCUAAAUGCAUUUAGAAGGAAGCAUGACUGUGCACUGGUUAUAUCUGGGGAUUCUCUGGAGGUCUGCCUGAGGUACUACGAGCAUGAACUUGUGGAACUGGCCUGCCAGUGCCCUGCUGUGGUCUGCUGCCGCUGUUCACCCACCCAGAAAGCCCACAUCGUGACCCUGUUACGCCAGCAUACCAGAAAGCGCACCUGUGCCAUCGGUGAUGGAGGGAAUGACGUGAGCAUGAUCCAGGCAGCUGACUGUGGUAUUGGGAUUGAAGGGAAGGAGGGUAAACAGGCUUCACUGGCAGCGGACUUCUCCAUCACACAGUUCAGACACAUCGGCAGGCUGCUCAUGGUGCAUGGACGGAACAGCUACAAACGGUCUGCAGCACUCGGCCAGUUUGUCAUGCACAGGGGCCUCAUCAUCUCCACCAUGCAGGCUGUGUUUUCUUCAGUCUUCUACUUUGCAUCUGUACCGCUGUACCAGGGAUUCCUUAUGGUAGGGUAUGCAACUAUCUACACCAUGUUCCCAGUAUUCUCCUUAGUGUUGGACCAAGAUGUAAAGCCAGAGAUGGCGAUUCUCUACCCAGAGCUGUACAAGGACCUCACCAAGGGACGAUCCCUUUCCUUCAAGACCUUCCUCAUCUGGGUUUUGAUCAGUAUUUACCAAGCACUGAUCCUGACCGAGCUGCUCAUGGUGGCCCUGACUAUCAGGACGUGGCACUGGUUGAUGGUUGUGGCGGAGUUCCUCAGUCUGGGCUGCUAUGUUGCCUCACUUGCUUUUCUAAACGAGUAUUUUGGUAUAGGCAGAGUGUCUUUUGGCGCUUUCUUAGAUGUUGCCUUCAUCACAACCGUGACCUUCUUGUGGAAAGUGUCAGCCAUCACUGUGGUCAGCUGCCUCCCACUCUACGUGCUCAAGUACUUGAAGAGAAAGCUGUCCCCUCCCAGCUACUCCAAGCUGUCCUCCUGAGUGGGGCAUGAGGCCAGUUAGAGACUGGUGCGCUGGACAGCAUGAGGGACUGGCACUGCUGGCGGACUGAGGGCUGAGCUCACCCAGCAGUGCACUGCGUGAACAGCUACUGAGAGGAAGCGACAGCCUCAGCACAGCUGGGCAGGCUGAGUGCCUGAGUGAGUGCCAGAAGUGUAAUUUCUGCAGUGGUGGACUGCAGAAAGCCAUCCUGAUCGGGCUGCAGGGGCCGUACCUGCACGUGCCACUGCACCUCAGGAGAUGGUGGGUAACUCGUCCUCUUCAGAUGCAGUUUUGCUUUUCAGCGGACACCAUACACACAAGCCCAGGUGGCCAAGCGGUGACACUGCUGUCCUAAUUCCGUUGCAGCUAUGAAUGUAAACCAUUCCUCAAGGCACUGCUGUUGCUGAUGCACUUUCUAUCUGUAAAACCAUACUCAGAACUGUUUCCGUAGAGCUCAGCUGUCCUGUGCCGCCACAGCACCAACCACAAUGCUUUGCUUCCUGAGGAGGAGCCCCUCGUCUGAGCCUGUGAUGGCAGAGUCUCUGUCGAAGGCUGUACUGAGGGCUCAUGGGAGCUCUUUAGAGGAAUUCUGGCCUUAGAGUUAGCCCCAGGAAUUAUGCGUGCAGCUCUGCACUGUACAGUGUGUGCCUGUCACACAGUGGACCUCUUGGUCUCGGCUCCCCACACUCGGGAGCAGGCUGUGGGAGUCUCCUUUGCACUAGCUUUUUUGUAUAUGCCUGUGUUCUUCAGCUUGGCCUCCCCUCAGACUUGGGCACUAAGACCCUCAGAUCCUUGGGGAAGCACAAGCUGUGAGAGGAGCCCUGAGGAGAGCCUUAACAGACUGUGAGUGUGUGCAGGACCUCCACCCAGCUCCUUCCUGUGAGCAAAUAAAGCUGCUUCAGCCGUCCAUCCUACAAGCCUUUGACCUGAGCACCUUUGUUCUUAGUUAGCAACCUGCUGGGUGCUUGAGCAUAUUCCCCUGCCAGACAAAAGUGCAACCAGAAAAGCUGUUUCUUCCAUUCUCCACACGGUGUCACUGUUUGCUGACAGUUAACAGGCAGGUUUCCUCUCUGCUCAAAGAGGGAGCCCAGAGCAGCUUGUCUGAUCAUUGCCCUCAUUGAUACAGUGUGAAUUAAGAAAGUGCCAGAAGGCUAUGAGCUGAGGCCACAGGGCCAGGGUCAGGGCGUAGCCUGAGUGCAGGGCACUCAUCCACCUGUGUGCUGGUUAGAAGGGGAAUACACAGGAAGCUAACAACAUGCUUGUCAAAAGUUACAGAAAGCCUCACAAGACAGUACCAUGAACCUCUGCGGUUCAGCUGCAGACCUUCCCACGGUGGUGGAUAUGGAACAGGAGAAGGAGUCAGGCUUUAAGACUUGAGAAGUCAAGAUGCACCAAGUCCUAGUUAGAAGCUGUAGGAAGCCAGUGUGGUUUCUCAUCUAUGAAAUGAACACCAUCUGCCCCUCAGGAUGCCGCUGUUGGGUCACAUGAGACAAGGAUGGGAGGAUGUCAUGGUCAGAUGCCUGGCACAUAGUGACUCAGGAGUACUGAAGAAAACAACUGCUUA